AUGGAUCUCCAACAAGCCAAACACUGGGGGAACCAAACCACUGUGAAUGAAUUUAUUUUGCUCGGAUAUCAUAACCACCCCAUCCUACUGUUCACAGCCUUCCUGGCCAUCUACCUGACCAUUCUACUAGGAAAUGGACUGAUUGUAGUAGUGACCACCAUGGAUCCUGCCUUGCAUACUCCAAUGUACUUCUUUCUCCGCAGCCUUUCUGGACUGGAGAUGUGUUACACCUCUGUCACCCUUCCCAAGAUGAUGGCCAGUCUUGCCACUGGGGACCUUUCCAUUUCCCUGCCAGCCUGUGCCUCCCAGAUGUUCUUCCUGCUUUUUCUGGGUGGGACUGAGUGCUUCCUACUGGCAGCCAUGGCCUAUGACCGCUAUCUCGCCAUCUGCCUGCCUCUACACUACAUGACCAUCAUGCACCAUAGAAUGCAGGUGGGGCUGGUGGUUGGCUCAUUUAUCAUCAGUCUCCCAAUGCAAUUGGUGCAAAUUGGGCUCAUCUUCUCCCUGCCAUUCUGUGGGCCCAACGAGAUGGACCACUUCUUCUGUGACAUCCCACCCAUUCUUAGCCUAGCAUGUGCUGAUCUCUACGCUAAUGAGUUGACUAUAUAUAUAGAAGACACAACAUUUGUACUAGCUCCAUUUGUAGUCAUCUUGGCUUCCUAUGUGUACAUCACCAGGGCUAUACUGCGCAUGCCAUCAGCUACAGGACGACAGAAGGCCUUUUCCACUUGCUCAUCUCAUGUGACUGUGGUGAGUCUCUUCUACGGAUCUGCAAUGUUUGCAUACAUCCUUCCCAAGACCCCCGACUCCAUGAAAAUUGACAAGUUAUUGUCUCUCUUCUACACCAUCAUCAUUCCUCUUUGCAACCCUCUCAUCUACACUCUGAGGAAUAAGGAAGUGAAAGAUGCUCUGAAAAGGCUCUUGAACAAUAAAUGA